AUGAAGCCGCACGCGACCCUUUUCGCCGGCCUGCUAUCGCUCGCUGCGAGAGCCGGCCGGGCAGACCCGACAUGGCCAGCCGCCACGGACGAGAUGGAGGAGAUCAUCUACCAGCUGCACGACUUCAAGGCCCGGCUGUUUGCCGACGCCGUUACUCCUUGCAGUAACGAGGCUUCAGGCCCGGGAAGGGUGACGGCGAGUGAAUGGCUUCGCGUAGCCUUCCAUGACAUGUCGACGGCGAACCACUACUUCGGGACAGGAGGCCUCGACGCGUCCAUCCAGUUCGAGCUGAACAACGGAGAGAACACGGGGCCCGGACAUACAACGGCGCUUACGUGGUACUCCAACUUUUUUUCCAGCCGGGCCACCAUGUCCGACUUGAUUGCCCUCGGCACGUAUGCCUCGGUCCGGUCCUGCGGCGGGCCCGUGGUGCCUCUGAGGCUGGGACGCAUCGAUGCAUCGGCCGCCGGGAGCAACGGCGUGCCGCAGCCGCAGAACUCGGUCGUCACCUUCCGCCAGCAGUUCGACCGCAUGGGCUUCUCCCCGACCGAGAUGAUCCAGGUGACGGCCUGCGGCCACACGCUCGGCUCGGUGCACAGCGCCGAGUUUCCCGACCUGGUCCCGCCGGGCACUGGCGUCAACGGCCAGGUGCCCCUCGACUCGAGCGCCGCCGGCUUCGACAACAAAGUCGUCACCGAGUUCGUCGACGGCACGACGCAGAACCCGCUGGUCCGCGGGCCGGCCAUUGCCGUCGGCCGCAACUCGGACUUCAAGGUCUUCAACUCGGACGGUAACGCGACGCUCAACGCCAUGUCGUCGCCGGCGGCCUUCGCCAGCGUCUGCCAGACCGUGCUGCAGAAGAUGAUCGACACGGUCCCGCCCGGCGUCGUCCUGACCGACCCCAUCGCCCCCUACAUGGUCAAGCCGGUCGACAUGCAGCUGACCCUAAACCAGGGUGCCGCCUCCUUGCUCCUGACCGGGAACAUCCGGGUGCGCACCACCAACCUCCCUAAGGAAAAUAUCCGCGAUGUGACCUUCACCUGGAAGGACAGGAACGGCGGCAGCAACUGCGGCUCUGGCGGCUGCUCUCUGACGACGACUCUGCAGGGUGUCGGCAGUGGCCUAGACGACACGUUUGGCUUCUUCCCCAUCUCGACCACCAUCAGCGCCUCCGCUGGCAUUUCCUCUUUCACUGUCAAGAUCAAUCUUGUCGACGGCUCUAGCCAGUCCUUUGACAACAACGGCAACUCUUACCCCUUGUCAGACGCCGUAAUCCUCCAGAAACCGCAGAGCUGUCUGCUGCAGAGCUCAGGGGCUCUCACCGUCACCGCGCUCGUCCGCAACGACGUCACAGCAACACCCGUCACCCUGGGCGUCGAGUUCCUCGUGCCGCGCGGCACGAGCAACGGCAACCCGGUGCCGGCGUUGAACAAGGCCACCGUGGCCAUGACCAAGGGCGACUGCGCCGGGUCGUUGUACACGUUCUACACGGCGAGCUACAGCAUCGCCGGGGGCAAGAGCUUCAACGCACGCAUCAGCGUGACGGCCGGCACGGCUGCCACCGACGACUUCAACCGCGCCAGCGACCUCGCCGGCUCGUGCAUCGCCUUCGCGGGCGGCACGUGCAGCUCCGCUCCCCCAUCGUCAUCAUCAUCGAGCAGCUCGACUGGAACAGGCGGCAGUAUCUCGACAACGCCGUCGUCAAUCACAAUCAGCAGCAGCAGCGCGUCGCCGUCCCCGACGCUCACGCACAAGCCUGCCCUCGGCGGCUACGUGCUUAAAGGGUGCUGGACGGAGGGAUCUGGCGGGCGGGCGCUGACGGGGGCCUCGUUCGCAUACGACAGCAUGACGCUGGAGUCGUGCAUGGGCAACUGCACGGGGUUCGACAUGUUUGCGGCCGAGUACGGGCGCGAGUGCUACUGCGGCAGCACGCUCUCAACAGGCAGCGUGCAGGCGCCGCUGACGGACUGCAGCAUGGUGUGCGCGGGCAGUCAGUACGAAUACUGCGGCGCGGGCAACCGGCUCGAGCUGUACUCGACGACGGCGACGCGGUCGACCUCGUCUUCGACGGCGACGGCUACGCUCGCCGUCAGGCCCACUGUGGGCGCCUACGUCUUCGUCGGGUGCCAGACCGAAGCGACGAGCGGCAGAGCGCUCACGGGGCCGUCGUUUGCAGACAACGCCAUGACGCUCGAGGCAUGUGCGGCCUCUUGCACGGGCUACACAUACUUUGGCACAGAGUAUGGCCGAGAGUGCUAUUGCGGAAUGAGCCCCGCGGCAGGCAGUGUUCCAGCUGCCUUGGGCGACUGCAGCAUGACAUGUUCAGGCAACCCGCUAGAGUACUGUGGCGCUGGAAACCGCCUGGAGCUGUACAAGCUUGCGAGUGCAGUGUCGUCCAGCAGCUCUAGCAGUUCUAGCAGUUCUAGCAGCACAAGUAGUAGUACUUCCAGCACGUCUAGGCCCCCGACAACCAGUAGCACCACCACCACCACCACCACCAGCACGUCCAGCACUGCCACGUCCAGCACCCUGGGCAUAAAGCCGACCGUGGCACCGUUCACGUUCGUCGGGUGCUGGACCGAGGGCACGGGGGCUCGGGCGCUCAGCGCCAAGAGCUACGAGUCGGCGGCAGGCAUGACACUCGAGAGCUGCGCGGCCUUUUGCGCGGGCUACAGAUACUUUGGCGCCGAGUACGCGAGCCAGUGCUUCUGCGGGAACGCGCUACACCCGACUUCGAGCAACGCGUCGCUGGGCGACUGCUCCAUGGCCUGCACGGGCAAUCAGUACGAGUACUGCGGCGCGGGCAACCGGCUCGAGCUGUACCGCGACGACACGGUAACCGUGCCGACGGGACCCUCGCAGCCCGCCACAGUGUCCCCGAACUGGGGCUUUUACAGCUGCGUGACCGAGGCCUCUGCAGGCCGCGCGCUCGCGGCCAAGAGCUACGCCGACGACGCCAUGACCCUCGAGGUGUGUGGCGUCUACUGCGCUGGCUACGCCUUCUUCGGCGCAGAGUACGCCCGCGAGUGCUAUUGCGGGAAUGCCUUCGCGUCGGGCGCCACCAACACGUCCCUGGCCGACUGCUCCAUGACCUGUGCUGGGAACGGCACCGAGUACUGCGGCGGGGGGGGCAGGUUGAGCGUCUACGUAGCACAUGCUUGA